CAACCUAAAGUAAAUAAGUGCUUCCUUAAUUUAUGCAUAAAAGAAAAAAAACACAGCACACCAGCUCGACCCCAUUCCAAUGGCUUCGUCUCCAACUCUCCCUCAAGAUUCAACCCCAGCCCCAAAUACUCUCUCACAAAACCCUAACAACACAAACCCAGAUCAAAUUCAACAAACAUUACCUGAUGAUGAUGAUGAUGAUACCCAAUUCCCCAAAACCCUAACCCUUGAAAUCCCGAACCCUAACUCACAAGAAGAUGACCCAACUAACCAAAACCAUGACGACUUCGAAGACCUCACCCUCUUCUCUCCCACCACAACCACCACCACCACCACCUCCCGUCGUGCUGGGGGUGGACGGAAAAGCAGGAAGGCUAACCAAAAACGACGUGUACAGGUUAAAAAGUCUGAAAAAAAGCUUGAAACUUUAAGCCAAACCCUAAAUCCAAUCCCCUUUGUACCCAACAAAAUCCUCGACCUCGCUUCACAUGAAACCCUUUUAAAAAAAUUGGGUUUGUGGGAAUUUGUGCAUUUGCAAUUUGAUACUAAUAUUCGUGCUGAUUUGCUAGCACAAUUGAUUGCUGGUUAUAAUCCUGCGAUGCGGGGUAGUUAUGUUAAUGAGGUUAAGAUCAUGGUCAAUCGUGCUGAUUUAGGGCGUGCUUUGAAGUUACCGGUGAAGAAAGAGAAAGGUAGUGGAGGUGAUGGUGCAUCUGAGGUUACGGAGAGUGCGGAAUCAAUUGGGUUUAUAGAGGAGUUGGUGUCAAAUUGGAUUUUGUUACAUGAGGAUACUUGGAUGAUGCCGCCAGAUAUAUUGAACUGGAUUAAAUUGAUUAAAGAAGGGAACUUUGACAAAUUGGAUUGGGCUGGAAUGAUUUGGUAUAUGGUAGAGAAAGAGUUGAAUGCGGAACCUGGUUUAGGAAAUUGUUAUUAUGCGUCGCAUUUGCAGUGUUUGAUAAAGUGCCAGAGAGAGGAGUUGUUGAAGGAGGGAAGUCUUAAAAUGGAGAUUGAUGUUAAGGAUGAUGAAGAUGAUGAGGGUGCGAAGAUGGAGCAGAGUGUGAUGAUGGAAGAGGGUGUGGAGAUGGGUGAGGAGUUUAGGGGUGAAUCAUUUGUGUUAGAGGAGCAUAGAAUUGAGUUGAGUCUUGGAGGGAUGGAUAAUGCAGGGAAGGAAGAGGUGGAGAAUGUGGGUGAUGAGGAUGUGAUGGAUUUUGAGGAGAGGAAAGAGGAAGAAGAUCAGGGUCAGUGGGAAAAGAUCAGUAUGGAUGGGCAUUAUCUGCAGCCAUGUGGUAGUUUUAGUCAAGUUGCGGGAAUGGAAUUUGAGGAAGAGAGGAAACAGCAGGAUGAGGUGGAGGGAGAGGAAGAGGGGAAGGGAGGAGAGGAAGGAGAGGAAGAGGAAGGGGAGGAGGACGAAGAGGAGGGGGAGGACGACGAUGAUAUUGGUUUCCAUAUCGCAGCCAGAGGGAAUAUUUUGGAGGGCCUAAGCUCUGAGAAUCUUCUUGAGGUGAUGGGAGCAGCUCAAGUUCCUUUUAGUUCAGGUGUCCAAAUUCAUGAUAAUGUAUCUUCCAGGGAAUUUCUCGUUUCUAGGGUUGAUACAGAGACAAUUCCAGGUGGUUCUUCAAUUUUUGGUAAUGUUGGUGGAAGCAAGAGGGUGAUUGAGCAUCUUCAGAGUGAUAUACCGCAUCACUCACUUAAUGGUGGUAAUAAGAGGAUGCGGAGUGAUGGGCAUUGGGAUGCAAAGCCAUAUUCGGACUUUGAUAGUUUUGAGGAGGAGAUGCAGCAUAUGAUGGGAAAAGCCAGAAUGAUGAUGGAGGAAAAGGAGCAGUCAUGUCAGGAAAUGAGUAUGCAUCAACAGGUGUUGUAUAAUGAGUUGCAGCAGCGUGAAAACUUCAUUCAGCAGUUGCAGAAGACCAAGAUGGAAGAGCAGCGGAAGAGCCAGUUGGAGGUUUAUAGGCUUGAACGUGAAUUGUAUAUGAUGGGAAAUCUUUUAGAGGGCUAUAGAAAGGCGUUGAAGGAGACACACAAGGCAUUUUCUGAAUACAGAGCAAGAUGCCAACUACCUGAAGAACCGAUUUAUAAGGAUACUGGGUCUGGUGGUCUUGUUUUGAGCACCAUGGAGUUGGAGAAGCAGCGCUUGAAGCAAGAGGAAGAAGAAAGGCUAAACCGUGUAUUUCUCGAGAAGUUGGUUAAGGAAUUUGAAGCAGAGUGCAUUCCUAAAUUUGAAGGAUAUGAGAAUACUGUUAAGUUGCUGAGUGACAAGUUACUGGUUGUUGGGGAAAAAUUCAAUCUCUUGAAGGAAAUGUCUGGAAAGCGAAAGGUGUCAGAGAUGUCAGAAUGUGUUGCCACUGAGGACUGCAAUACAGCUAAAGAAUCUGUUCCAACUGAGGAAUGUGUUUCAGCUGAAGAAUCAGCUGUAGUACAGGCUCCUGCCGAAGAAUCUGUUCCAGUUGUAGCACAGGCUUCUGCCCCUGCCGAAGAAUCUGUUCCAGUUGUAGAACGUGCUCCUGCUGAAGAAUGUGAUCCAAUGGAAGAAUGUGUUCCAACAGAAGGAUGAAUUGCUCUCAAGUCUGUUUUGACUUUGAAGAUGUAGGUAAAGGAGAGCUCUUUUACGUAAGCUGAUACAGCUUUUGACAUAUCGUAGUCUAAUAUAUGUUCUGAAAGUUUUGUAUUAAGUACCUUUUAGAAUUGAAGCUUCAUGUCACAUAGUUUGCUUACAUUUUCUUUUUAACUUCAAAUGUGGUAUGCGUUUGAGCAAUGCUAUGUACUGAUACCACAACUAUUUCCACUCAUCUGAUUUAUCAAUAAUAUGUUAAUUUCAUUGUC